GACGUAAAUAAACGAGAGGAAAAAAAUCAGAUACAAGCUUAUUCGAGAUUUUCUGUUAUUUCAUAUGACGUAUAUAAAUGCAAAAAUACUUUUGAGAUAAUAUAGGACUUAUAACAUCAAGAAUUUCAUCAAUUUUUAUUGAUAACGCGUUCGAAAACGCAAUAUGUGACAAGACUGACGGCGGUUGUCAUGUUACUUAUACACGUAUACACCAUCCAAUAUCGCAUCGGACUGCUAUGCUAUGCGAGAUCAACGUUAUGACCGGCGUGAUUUCUGACAGCUGACAGCGAAAUAAUACAGAAUAAUAUUCCGACGAUGCCAGGCGACGCGCCAUCCUGACUCUCGCAAACUGCAGGUUGAAUUCGAGCAGAGAUGCAAGGAAUUUGCGAGAAUAUUCGCACGGCGAUCGAACACGGACGUACUGAUAUUAUCAGAUCGCUCUUGGACGCGUGUGAUAAUGGUAAUGCAACAGAAGGCAUCACAAAAGAUAAGAUAUUAAAUCAACCGGUUUUGGAAGAAGGAACUUUUCUAUCAUAUGCUUCAAAGACCAAUCAAGCAGACAUUGUACGAACACUUUUAAAUUGUGGUGCUGAUCCAGCUGUACAGAAUGCAAACGGACAUAAUGCAAUGGAUGUUGCUUCAAGUGAUGCAAUACGACGUAUUUAUAUAGAGGAAUUAUUAAGGGCAACAGCUGCUUCUGAGGUAGAUAGAGUGGUGCAAUUGCUAGAUGCUGGAUUAGAUGUUAAUUCAUGGGACUCGCAAGGUAGUAAGAACACACCGUUACAUUGGGCAGCAUGUUAUGGAAAUAAAGAAAUUAUCACGUGUUUGCUUGAUAAAGGAGCAGAUGUAAAUGCCGAGAAUGGUUGUGGCGCGACACCGUUACAUGACGCGGUGAAUCGCGGCGAUGUUGCUAUCUGUCAAGAACUAUUACAGGCUGGUGCAAAUCCUCAUAUACGAGCUACUAAAGGAACGUUUACGGGGAAAACGCCGUAUGACCUUUCCAGGAAGAAGCAAUCUCUACAUUGUUUCUUUCAGAGAUUUAUAUCAAAUUUUUUGAACGAAAACGAAACGAUUCACAGUCCUACAUCAUUCACAGAGACAAACUUUUGCCAAAAAAGUCUCUCGAGCAAUAUGAGCCAACUGUCAGUCGAAUCUAACAAGUCUUCGGAUCCAGUGUACGAUGUGCCUUCGCGUGACACGGGCACAGAUAGUCCUAGCAAAUCUAACGCCGAUAAAGGAAGCAUAUAUAACUUGUUGUGGCCGCAGCCAAAAGCUGUGAUUGAACUGAAAAACUUUACGGCUCCAUUUAUCGCCGGAAAGGAGCUUUUUAUAUCGAUAAUACAAGGAAGUGAGUCUGUACAUAAAAUAUUAGAUGUGUGGGAAGUCAGUAGAACUCAUUUACUCGAACUGGGUCACGAUGUAAAGAUUGGCGAGGUGCAACCUAGUUGUGGCAAACUGCUCAACGACAAUACAAUAGAAUGCAUUGUGAAUAACAAUCUAUUUAAUAUUACGGACAGCUAUCAAUUGCAUAUUACACAAAAUUUCAUUAAAGUGAGCGCCGGAAGUUUAGUGGGGCUGCAUUACGCGGUCUGCACAUUUGUGCAGAUUCUACGCCUGAGUAAGAAUCGGAAUAGGUCGGAGCUGUGCGAAAUAGAGCCAGUCUUUAUAAAAGACGAGCCGAGAUUCACACACCGCGGUAUACUGUUGGACAUCUCGCCCAGAGGACGUAUACCGACCCUAGAAUACCUUCUGCACAUUAUUGAUCUACUGUCGUCGUUCAAAAUCUCACAUUUGCACCUCUAUUCCAGACUUAUACCGAAUUGUGACUGGCAAUUCUGUUACUCCAAGUCUGAGAUGGUAACGCUGGAUAGAUACUGCAGGGAUCGACAUUUAGAUAUAGUGCCCACGUUGGAUGUCGAUUCUAACGUCGGCCAACACCACUUGACACAGAUGUGGCCUAUCUUUCAAGAAUUACUUGCGGUAUUUCCCAGUUUGAGUUACGUUCACGUCGGACCGCGAUUAGCGAGCUUAUUAGUGCAAGCUGACAAUUUCGACUUGAACGCGUCUGUUAACGAUACGAUCGAAACGGAUAUGUCGGAAGUAUUCAAGUCCUAUUCGUGCCUUCAAGAACUCUGGCAUAUUCUUAAUUUAAGCGCGAACACAACUCUACUAUUAUGCUCCAAUGGCCUACAUUCUAAACCCGAAUUCCACAAUAUUCCCACUAAUAUUAUACUCGUUGAAUACGGAUUUCAGGCUGAUUAUGAUUUCUCCGAAUGGACAGAAGCGUUCAGAGUAGCAGGCGGUAAUGUUUUACCAAGUUCUGGCACGGCUAGUUACAAUAGUUUAGCGGGAUGUCCGGCAUCAACAUAUGCUAACACGAGGAAUGCGAUAAAAACUUCUCUAGAGCAGAAUUCGAUCGGUAUCGUUGUCGCACAUUGGUCUGGUAGUCAUCAUCUUACGCCGCAUCCUUUCGCAUGGAUCGGCUAUUUAGUGGCGGCUGGUUUAGCUUGGAACCCAAUGACGGAAAUAGAUUUGGGUCCUGAUGAUAAUUACGACAUGCCUGAAUUAUCUUCAUCAAUUAGGGAAAAAUGUAUCACGAAUUUAUUAGACAUACACGUGUUUCAAGACUCGGAGUUUAAAAUCGGUAGCGCAAUAUUGGAAUUAGGACGUUUAGACACCUUGGUAUUAACAUUAAGCAAAAAUCAAGCAAUUAAAGAUCUGCAACAAAUACCAGAUAAUCGCGGUUCCACAUUAUAUAGAUUAUUAACUGAUCCAGAUAAUGUGAACCUAGAAUAUCUCUCAACCGAUCUAUUCGCUAAAAUGACAAAGCAAAUUAAACGAAUAUCCCAUUCCCUGUACGAGGCGAACUUGUCCUCCAAAUUCGCAUCAAUGGAAAUACAGGAAUUGCAACUGACCUCAGAUUUGAUGCUAACGGCCUGCAAGAUCGGCAGAACUUUGAUUGGAGUCGGUGUAAAUCCGAAUAGUAACAUGGGGCUUGCAGUCAUCAAUCUAGGAGUAUCUAAUUUACCGCCUACUUUUAGAACUGAUAUAGCAAACAAGAUGUUGGCUCAUAUAGAGCAAUACAAAGGCUCUUGGCUGCAAAGACAUUUGCCACAAGGCCUUCAGAGCUCUUUGCUGGUUUUAACUAGUGCACUGCAUAGAUUUGUGCCAGAGACGUAAACUUUUUCUUUUUCUAAGAACAUAAUAUUUUUUAUUUGCAUCGAGCAUUUUAAAGAAUACAAAUAUUUGUUUUUAGAGCAAUUUUCGUUUAAAAUGUUAAUCAAUAAAAGAUGCAAUGUAAAAAUAUACACAUGGUAAAUGAAACAUUUUAAGAUAAACUCGAAAAUUGAUUACAUUGUACAAGAGCAAUAUGUAUUUGAACCUUUAUGUAUUAUCAUAGUAUUGUACUUUCAUUAUGUAAUUGUUUCCUGAUAUCUGAUUCGUUAUAUUUAUUGUUUGAAGAAAAUAAUAGUUUUUUGUUAAGAAAGCAAUUCUAUUUGUCAAAAAAAUUUCAAAAAAGUUUUUAUUUUAAUAAAUAUACAUUUAAUAAUUUUAAUAAUAAUCUUGUAAGAGCCAUGGUUAAUAUAAUUAAAACGGCAAAUUAUUAUAUAUUUGAUGGCUAUAUCAUUUAUUUCCACAUGGACAUAUGUGCAAAUGCGAAGUUUGAAUUAUUUUGCAAUGAGAUAUAUUUUUUAUAAUACUAACACAUUUGAUACAAUUAUAAUAUAUCUUAUAAGAAA